UGCUGUCGUUACUGUCAUAAAAUAGGUAGUACAUAUAGACUUGUCAACAGAUAUUUAGAAGAAUAGGUUAUUUUUAUUGUUUCUUAUUUCUCUCACUUUCUGUGUUUAUUUCUGUGUAAUCAGUCCUACAAAGUACACCCAUCAACCAUGGAUAAAAAUAAGGAAAAGGAAGAACAAAGCAUCAUGGAUAAAUCCAUGCGAUCUGUUUUCGUCGGUAACAUACCUUACGAAGCUACAGAGGAGAAGCUGAAAGAUAUAUUUAGUGAAGUCGGUCCUGUGCUUUCAUUCAAGUUGGUAUUUGAUAGAGAAACCGGUAAACCAAAAGGAUACGGAUUUUGUGAAUAUAAGGAUCAGGAAACUGCACUCAGUGCUAUGCGAAAUCUUAACGGGUAUGAGAUUGGUGGGCGAUCUCUUCGUGUUGACAAUGCUUGUACUGAAAAGUCUAGGAUGGAAAUGCAAGCAUUGAUGCAAGGGCCUCAAGUUGAAAAUCCCUAUGGAGAACCUUGUGACCCUGAGAAAGCUCCAGAAGCUAUCAGCAAAGCCGUGGCCACUCUUCCGCCUGAACAAAUGUUUGAACUUAUGAAGCAAAUGAAGCUUUGUAUUCAGAAUAAUCCCAAUGAAGCAAGAAACAUGAUGUUACAAAAUCCACAGUUGGCCUAUGCAUUGCUGCAAGCUCAAGUUAUCAUGAGGAUUGUUGAUCCAGCUACCGCAGUUAGCAUGUUACACCCAAGCAACCCAGUGCCGCCACCACUUCAGCCAGGCGACAAACCACCUUCAAACCACUACAUGCAAAACAAUCCACCACAGAAUCAACAACAACCACCGCAAAUGCCGCCGAUGCUCGCGGCGCCUGUGCCUCCACCAGCUCAGUAUGCGCCUCGUCCAGCGAUGGGUGACGUGGACCUACGCGGUCGUGGGCCGAGUGGUCCGCCUCCGCUACUGGACCAGGACAUGCGCAGCCUGCCUCCAGUGCCCGCUCCGCACCCUGUGCCUCCACCUCAACAUCAUGGACAGGAUACUGGCUUCCCUCGCGACCCGCGGUUAGCGAGCAUGCAGACUCAAUCCUUCAACUCGGACCCGCGCGUACGAUCCAACGACCCGCGCACUCAACAGAAGAUUCAACAACAACAAAUGCCCCCGGGAAUGCCGAGCGCUGCGCAGGCUAGAACAAUACAGGGAAUACCUUCUGGUGCUUCCGAUCAAGAAAAAGCUGCUCUCAUCAUGCAAGUGUUGCAACUUUCCGACGAGCAAAUUGCAUUGCUACCGCCUGAGCAGCGCGCCAGUAUUCUCAUGUUGAAGGAACAAAUCGCCAAGAGUACACAACAGCGUUAAUAAAACGUUAUACUUGUUAAGAAAAUAAUAUUAACACCCUGUUUCACAAUUUUUAGUUAAGUUCCCCUUUAGACUGACAGCUAGAUAAAAUCUAAUGUAUUUUCCAUAACAUAUGUUCUUCAACAGAAACUUAAUGAGUAAUUUUGAAACAGGUCCUGAUUGUAUUAUAUUCGUUAGUCAUUUCCGACGUGGGUAACCUUCUCUGAAAAUGCCGACAUCAAGUAUCUGCUUACUUGCAAGAACCUUUGUAUUCUUAAUGGAGAAAUGACUAUUAACAGAUAUUUUGUACUGUUAAAGUGAAUUAAAUAAAAUUAUUGUAUAAAAUAAAA